GUAAUAUUCCUAUUGGGGCUAUUGGGUGCAGUACGCGAAAGCGUUUGUUGUACAGUGACGUUUAUUACACUGCUCUGGAUUGUGAUAAUCGCCCAAAUAGCUGUCGCAUUUCUUUUAAUAAAAGGUGAAAGCACAGUAGCUUCGCAUCUCUCGAAUGCCGUGGACAAGGCGUGGGAGGAAGAGCUGACAAGCCCUGGUGCAAUGUCGCAAUAUGAGAAUUGGUUUGAAUGCUGCGGACGCGCCAGUCCCCACGAUUACAUUGUCAACGAUCGCUUGCCGCCCAGCACCUGCUUCAGGCAGAACGACGCAACGAAGAGUGAGAAUCUUAUUGCCACCGGUUGUCGCAUACAGUUUGAGAACUACUGGCUGAGCUUGUUGCGUGUCUUCAAUAUAAUCGCCUGUGUAAUGAUUGCUUUAGAGUUAAUUGGUAGCGUGGUCUCAUGCUGUCUAUGCAACAGUAUACGCAAUGAUCAUAGGCGUUCUUUUUAUUGAAAGGAUUCGCGAGAGGAGACAAAUUGCUCACUAAACUAACAGCAGCUUUUUAUAUGUUUUAUAAAAACAUUUGUAUUUUUUUUUAGUUUUAAUAAAAAAUAGUUGUAUGUGAUUUUCAUAAGUAUGAAUUAUAUCUAAGAUAUAAUAAAACUUAUUCUAAGCUAUCCGAUGUGGAAAGAUUGCAUUCAAAUUUAAUGAAUACAUAUUUUCCCAGCAGUCAAGAAGAUAAAUUUGGUUUAUAAAUGAAAAAAGCUUGAAAUAGGUGUUGAUUUUUGGAAAUUCAUUACUUGCCUUGUUGCCGUUGAUGCUAAUUCAGAUGAUUCUAAAGAUUAAACUUCAAAUUAAGAAUGAAUUAGGUAUAUUAUAAAUAUUAUCUAACUGGACAUUCAGAUUUAAUUAAAAAAAAAUUGCACAAUGAAAACGCGAAUUAAAAAAAAACUUAAAAAAAAAAUAUAUAUAUAUAUAUAUAUAUAUAUGUAUAUAUAUAUUUAUAACACUAUUUAUUUGCGCCGCCAUUGAAAUUGGUCCACCGUCUACCAGGCUAUAUGAUAGAAAAAACUCCAGCAUGUCAAAAAGCGUACGUUGAAAGUAUUUUAAA